AUGGCCGCUGCCUACCGCUCACCUAGCGAAACUGCCGCUGCCCCCGCGAUCCGACCCUCCUCUGACUCCCACAAAGAGCACGUCCCCGUAGCCGACACGUUGACUUAUUUGUCGCAUCAUUCGCCCUCAUCUUUCGACCUCCGCAGCCCUUAUGUGCGCCUUGAAGUGCGGCCUGCCAAUCUUCAGGAAUUAAAUCUAGUGGUCGACAUGCGAAUGGAGGUAUUUGGUCCUGGGAAAGAAGCAUCUACCGCGGGAAGUGCGUCCAUUCCGAACCACACAGGUCUCUCGGGCCCUUCAGAGGUGGAAGGAAGAGAAACGAAAGGAAGAGGGGGCACAGCACCACCCGUCCCGGACAUGUCUGCCGGAUGGAAAGCCGAGUCCUUGCAGAAUUUGAUUGCCCGGCAGUCAAAGGGCUCUGUGAUAUUUGUGGUCACAGCCAGGGAUGUCCGCCAUCCGGACGCGCAGCCAGUAUUGGUGGCUUCGGUAGAGGCCAGCACGCAUGAGUUCCACGAGGUGGGCUUCUCUCCCUGCCUGGCGCAGGUCGAGGACGAGGAGGAGGAUGGGGAGGGAGGGGAGGAAGGAGCGUACGGAUGGAGGUUACAGGGGGGAUGGGACAGGGGUGGUGCUGGAUUCUGGGCUGGUAUCCCGGAUGCGAGGGGCAGCAGUGUUGGCAAAGCUUCCUGUUCAAGCUCUCAGCCGUCGGUGCUCCUGGCGCGCACCUCGUUCCUUGACACCCCGCCCGAGAACAAAGGGACUGGCAUACCGUCCCCAGCGCACGAGAGGAAACAAUCGAAGCUCUACGUGACGGGGAUGAUGGUGGUGGAUGCCUUCCGUCGGCAAGGGGUGGCCGCCGCCCUCUUAACUGCCGUGGAGGAAUACGCCCGCGGCCGGGGCAUCAAUUACAUUUGUCUGUACGUCGAUGCCUACAACUCAUCGGCCCAACGACUCUACCAAAAAUCCGGGUAUCUGGUCGUUCCCUUCUCCCCGCAGGCGGAAGCCUUUGCUUCAAAGAUCGGCUUGUACAAGGGUGCGUAUGCUGCCCGACAAUACUCGUUCGCCUACCGGCGUUUGCCUCCACGGAGGGCCUUAGGAGGCGCCUGGCCUGUGGGACAAGCCACGCGUGGCCCCGCGUCCUUGGAUGGACAGGACCCAUUGCGUCUCCAUUGGGCAGGGGGUGGGGACGGCCCCGGGAUGGGGCGGGAAGUGGAUGGCAAGGGGGACGGGGGGGCGGAGAUGCAGGGGAGAGAAAGCCGAAGAGCCCCGCAGGCUGCGGAGGAGGGUCGCUGGUGUGCCGGACCGAGGGAGGCUUGGAAAGAGCAGCCGUGUGCAUGGGGAAAUCCCGGGCGAGAAAAUGUAGUGUGGGAGGAUCGCGGUAAGUGUUUGGUCGGAGACGGUAAUGGGAGGGAUGCAGCCGAGGGGACGCGGACAUUGAAAGGAUCGAGGCGGAUGUAA